AAGUAGAUUGCCUCGUUGAAGAUUUCCUAUAUAUAAAGCACAAGUGGUUCAUCCUUCAGGGCAAGAGAAAAACUAAAAGCUUGUUUAAGUGCAAGGGCUUGUGCUUGAGGAGGAGAAACGCAUAAGGCUGAGGCGUGAAGGUAAUCCUCCAAUUGUAUUGCCUUUCGAGAUUUGGACACAACUUGGAUCUGCUCAAAGUUUCCUUCGCAACCAUUUCCUUAAGCAAAUACAAAGAGGAGAGAACAACAAGAGGAACAAAAGAGUGGGCAAAAGCGAAUUUCUAGAAUUUACAGAAGAAAUUAUGGCUGAGGCAUGUGCUACCUCCGGUGCAAAUAAUCUUGCAUCAAAACUUGGUGAGUACCUGAUUGCUCACAUUGGACGUCAAUUUGAGUAUGUGCUGUGUUACAAGAGCUAUGUCAAAGAACUCAAAAAUGGAGUCGAGAAGCUGGAGACUAUGAGAGGAAGGGUGCAACGAUUGGUUGACGAAGCUAAGUAUGAUGGAAAACCUAUACACGCAGAUAUUAAGAAUUGGCUGGGAAGUGUGGAGAAUAAGGCUAAGGAAGCAGAAAACCUGUUAAAACAAGGUGAAACUGCAAAUAUUUCUUGCUUCCGUGGGUGGCUUCCCAACCCUGUGGUGCGCCAUCCAAUUGGCAGAAAGUUGAAGAAGAUGACUCGACUCAUUCAGGAACUCCAUAAUGAAAGCUCAAAAAACAUCUUCCAGAAGGUGUACCAUGAGAAUACUCCAAUAGGAAUUGUCACUGCUAUCACUUCCGGUGCAAGAUCGGUUGACAACAAAGAAGACAUCCUGGAGUCUCGGGCUUUGAUCAUAGAUGAUGUAAUGAAGGCUAUAGUUGAUGACAAGGUUUGUGUGAUUGGGGUGCAUGGACCAGGUGGGGUUGGCAAGUCCAAGCUUUUGGAUGACAUCGAAAGGCGAAUUAAGGAAGAAAGAAAAUUUGAUGUGGUUGCCAAGGCAAAUGUAUCACGAAAUCCAGAUAUAAAAAGAAUUCAAGGAGAAAUUGCAUAUGCUUUGGGUUUGAAGCUAAUGAAUGAGGAAACUGCUCGUGGGAGAGCAGAUAUGUUAUAUAAGAGGAUAGAAAGUGAUUCUAACAAAAACAUUCUCAUAAUUUUAGAUAAUUUGUGGAAGAAGUUAGACUUGAACGAAGUUGGAAUCCCUUGUGGGUACGAUAAUAAAGUAAGAGGCUGCAAGCUAUUACUAACGUCUAGAUACCGAGAUGUUUUAUGCAUUGACAUGGGCUCUGAUCAAGAAUUCCAACUCAAUAUAUUAAAAGAUCGAGAAGCACGAAGACUUUUUGAAAGUAUAGUGGGAGACAAAGUUAGGGAUCCUGAGUUUAAACACUCGGUAGAUGGAGUGGUCAAGAAUUGUGAUGGCUUGCCACUUUUGAUUGUUUCAUUGGCAAAAAGGUUGAAGCACGGAGAUUUGCCUGCAUGGAGGAAUGCCUUAGCCAAGAUAGAAGGGUCGGACAUAAAAUCAAUAGUGGAAUUAAAUUACAAUGACUUAAAAGAUGACAAGAUUAGAUUAUUGUUCCUAGUUUGUGCUCUAAUUUGUGGAAUAAUUGACAUUAGUGAUGCUCUUGUCUACUGCAUGGGUUUGGGUUUAUAUAAAGAAUUCGGCAACACCAUUGAAAAUGCUAGAGAUAGGUUGAUGCUGGAUCUACAUAACCUACAAGACUCUUCUUUGUUACUAGACAGUGAUGACAUGGAAAUAUUCAGAAUGCAUGACAUAUAUGUUGACGUGGCCAUCUCUAUUGCCUCCACGACAGAAUGGAGAACUUUUGUUUGGAGGAAGGAUUAUGGGUUUAAAGAAUGGUCAAAUAAUGAGCUUAGAAAAUGCACCAUGAUAUCCUUCUUUAGUGUUGGCAUUGAUGAGCUUCCUGAAAAAUUGGAUUGCCCAAACUUGAGGGUGCUUGUACUUCAACACAACCGGUCUCUCAAAAUUCCCGAGUCAUUUUUUGAAUCUACAAAGAAGCUCCAAGUCUUGGACUUCACUGGCUUAUCUUUCACCUGUCUACCUGCGUCGAUUGGGUUCCUUGAAAACCUCAAGUCAUUAUGUCUUUAUUGGUGCCAUCUAGAGGAUGUGACAGUUCUUAAAAAGCUAAAAGGAUUGCAGUUCCUAAUUUUAAAGGGAUCUACAAUCACUUGGCUACCCAAAGAAAUAGGUGAACUAACAGAACUGAGAUAUUUGGACUUGACAAUGUGCACUAGGCUCAACGUUAUCGAACCUGGCGUGCUCGGAAGCUUGGUUUAUUUAGAAGAACUGUACAUGGAAGACAGUUUUGAUCAUUGGGAGGCCGAGGAUGAAUCUCCACGAAGUAAUGCCAGCCUAGUUGAGUUGAUGAACAUGAAAAAAUUGACCACUUUGUACAUCGCCAUUCCUCACUUUGCCAUUCUCUCGAGAGACCUCCCAUUUGGGAAAUUGAACAAGCAUAAAAUCCAAAUUGGAGACGUUUGGGAUUGGUCAGAUGAAUACAAAGUAUCCAGAACUUUAAAGCUCAAGCUGAAUUCUAGCAAUCUUCUUCAUGAAGAGUGGUUGCGGAGUUGUUUGCAGAUAACAGAGGAUCUCCACUUGGAUGGAUUGCAAUAUGGCAGCGAUAGCAUUCACAAUUUGUGCAUUGAAGGUUUUCAAGAAUUGAAGCAUCUUCACGUACGAAAUAGCCCCUCGAUUGCAUAUGUUGUUCACUCCAUACCGAAUGUCCAGUGCAUUACAUUUACGAGGUUGGAAUCACUUUUUCUCGAGAAUUUGGGACACUUGGAGAAGAUUUGUCGUGGCUAUCUUGCCCCAGAAUCCUUCAGCAACUUAAAGACUGUGAAAGUGGAUAACUGCGGUGAAAUCAAACAUUUGUUUCCUUCAACCUUGACGAGAGUAUUCUUGCAGCUCAAAGAGAUUGAGAUAAAGACAUGCCACUUGAUGCAGCACAUUAUUGUAGAUUCUGAGGCAGAUGAAGUCGAAGAUGAAAUAGAUGAUGAUCCCAAAGUGAAGUCAUGCGAUUUGCAGGUUUUUUUUCCGAGCUUGGAGGAGCUAACGCUUUUGUCCUUGUGCGGGUUGAGGAGGAUAUGGAGCAGUGAUCUCCCUGAAGAAUCAUUCAGCAGACUAGCAUCCAUCACGGUCGGAGAUUGUGAAAACCUGGCUCACAUUUUUCCAACGACUUUAAUAGAGAUGUUCAAGAGCCUGAAAACGAUUGAGGUCUUCAAGUGUGCCUCUUUGGAAGCAUUAGUGGAACAUGUUGCUGUUGAUCCUAAGAAAAGGCAAAAAAGUUUAGUCCUCUUAGUAAAAGAAGUGAAGUUGUGGCACCUGUCGAGGCUGAAUGCGCUUGUGAGAAGUAGCAUCAAAGCAACGUUGAGUCUUCCUAGUCUGACCAAUCUUAGCUUGCGUACUUGCCACGGUUUGAGAUAUCUCUUCACAGAUGACACAGCCAGGACACUUGAAAAACUUGAGAUGCUAGAUGUUUCUGAUUGUGAUAACAUGCAAGAAGUAGUUGCUGUGGAAGAAGGUGAAGAGCAGAAGUUGAAGGCAGUGAAUUUCUCUCAUUUACGUACAUUGAAGCUUUGUUUCCUUAAAAGCUUGAUUAGUAUCAGCCCAAGAAGUUGUGCAUGUGAGUUUCCCUCCUUGAAAGAGUUUACAGUUGAAGAGUGUAAAGCAGUGGUGGUGAUUGUAGGAGAUGCCAGUUGUAAAAAACUGAAGGACAACAUUCCAACGCAGCAACCGCUUUUGCUAGUCGAAAAGGUUGAGUUUCCUAAUAUGGAGUCAAUGAAGAUCUCGCACAUGGAUAACGUGGAGAAGAUAUGGAUUGAUGAGCUUGUUUCAAAUGCUUUUAGGAAUCUCAAGACAUUAAUAGUGGAGCAUUGUGAGAAACUUUCAUCUAUAUUUUCAUCUGAAACUAUUCUGGCAAGAUUUCGAAACCUAGAGAAGUUAGUUGUGACCGGAUGUGAUUCCUUAGAAGUGGUAUUUCACAUCCAAGAGUUAAAUAUGAGCGAAGCUCAUCUUGCAAGCACUUUCCAAUUAAGAGAACUAAAUCUGGAACGACUUCCAAAAAUGAAGCACGUGUGGAGUGGACAUCCUCGUGGGACUAUUACAUUUGAAUACUUACAAUGCUUGCAUGUUGACAAGUGUGAGAGUCUCCAAAGUUUAUUUCCAAGUUCAGUGGCAAAAAGUAUGGCACAGCUCGAAGAACUUGUAAUAUGUGAUGGUGGGGUGGAGGAAAUUAUAGCGGAGGAAGACAGAGAAGUAGGGACGAGCGCAAGUGAUCUUUUUUUCCAGGAUUGA